GCCUCGACAAGUUCAGUAUUUCGUACCCGCCUCUUGUUGUUCUUCUCUCACAAGCGCUUCUGCGCAUUCUGAUGUCCAAGAUUCAUUCCAUUGAGAAAUCUGUCCUUCUUUUAACAGCUCUACAUUCUUUCACACUUUAUUUAUAGUCACUCAUUUCAUCUCUUGGGAUUUUACACAAAUAACAGAAUCUGCCAUCCUCAGCUUGGAAAUUCUCAUGACAAUUCGCGAACUGCAGCAACACGUCCUCGAGACACUACAUACAUAUCACAGCUGUGUUCAUGAGUCAAUGGCGCAGCAAUGGCGUCGACUCCCUCCAAUCGCCUGAGGUUGACGCCGUCAAACUCUCCCUUUCUACCUCGCCCCUCUAGAUCUCCGAUGCGCGGCCGGUCUGCGCCCGACUCGCGCCUUUCGCUGAAGCGAGUGGUUGGAACAACAUGCUCGUGCCCCGGCGGGUUCGAUACUGUCCAGUCCUCGUUCGCGUACUGCGCGGGGGCUGCUGUGGUCGUGGUGGACAUUGACGGGGAUCAAUACACGCAGCGCUUCUUCCGCGCGCGACCAUCAGCUAUUCCCACAUACCCAGCGACAACCUUCCACAACGCGCCCUCGACGCCAAAUGGGACACCGAAAGCGAACGACAGCAGAGGGAGGGCAGCGCCUCGCGACUCGAUCUAUGGUGGGGCUGACUGGUCAGAUUCUUCAGGGUCUAAGACAUGGACGAGUCGGGAGAGAAUCAAGGCCGCGACAUGCCUUGCGUUGAGCCGAGAUGGGAGGUAUUUGGCGGUCGGCGAGACUGGAUACGCCCCAAGGGUUCUCAUCUUCAACCUCCAAGACUCGUCUUCCGACACGCCGUUGGUGUCGAUCAGCGAACACGCAUUUGGCGUACGCGCCGUCGCGUGGUCAGCGGACUCCCGGUGGUUGGCCUCGCUAGGAGAGGCGAAUGACGGUUUUCUCUACGUGUGGAAGAUUGACCCACGCAAUGGCUCUGCCAGGUUGUUCCAGCAAAACCGCUGCACAUCAUACGUGAAGAGUAUGUUAUGGCUGGGCAACUCACUCAUCACAAUGGGCGUGCGUCAUGUGAAGGUCUGGAAGGUGGAGGAAUUCAAAGUCACGUCACCAACGAAGCAGCGCUUCUUGGCCGAAUCCGGAUCCUCCACGCCGUCUUCGCGCAGAGCUUUGCCUGGACGCAAUGUCCUGUUGGGCAGCAUGCUCGAAGCCACUUUUACUUGCGCCAGUGUGGACGGUAAGAAACUCGUUGUGUGCACAGAAGCAGGCGACGUAUGCAUCUUUGACGAUGAAGUGAAACAGGUCAAGCUGGUCCGUGUCCUCAAUGUCGGCUUUGCCAUUACGUCAAUCAUCAUCCGAGGAGACGUCGCGUAUGUGGGCGGCGAGGAUGGUCAGUUCGCGACGUUGGACGUGCAAGGCGUCAUGGAAGGUGUCGAGUCGAGUAUAUUGAGCAGCUCCAGAAGCUCGCGUGGGGUCGUGGCAAUGGGGUUUCUCACACACAAACUUGUCACCAUUGAUGCCAAUCACUCGAUCGAUAUUUGGAACCCCGACGAUACCCCUGGAAGGAAUGCCAACGAGUUUCCGCACAUAACCCUACCUGGCCACGGCGAGGCCAUCGUCGGCUGCCAGACCCUGCCAACUCCUAAUCGAAUGGACGCUGCCUUUUACACCUGGUCAGCAUCUGGGAUCGUGGCAUUCUGGGACCUAGAGGGCCGCGUCAGAUCGCUUGUUCGUGUUGCCGUGGACACACCCGAGCAGGAUGCCGAGCUGGGCAUAAUAAACCAGUUGACUUGCGCCCGGGUUUCAAAAUACGGCAAACUCCUGGUCACCGCAGAUCGACAGGGUAUCCUCAAGGUCACCGAUAUAGCGACUGACGAAUGCAUUCUGGACACCAAAGCCCAUACCUCCGACUGCGUCUGCAUCAGCCUAUAUGAAGAUGACACAAAGUUUAUGAUGGCCACCUGUGGACGAGACCGCACGACGCAGCUUUUCCAUCGGAACUCCAAGGGCCAGAUUGAGCAUUUCCAGACGCUUGACUUCAACUCCAAAGUCGUCGCCGUGGCAAUUCCCUCGCCACACAUGGUGUUCACGUGCUCCAUGGAGAGAACUAUGCAGGUUCAUGAGAUAUUAUCGAGGGAGGAUGAGCCUGACGUGAUGGCAGCCGUGCCCCAUAAGGUCAUAUCAUUAAAGGCCUCUCCAACAUCCAUGGAGAUGAGCCGGGAUGGAUCCACCGCUUUCGUGUCUUUUCUGGAUCGUUCAGUUUCCCAGUUUGAUCUGAACAACGGGCGGCAAGUUCACAACUUCAAGUGUGUGGAUGAAGGGGGAGCCGAGUCUGCCGUGCUGGAUUGUCUUAAUUUUGGCCAAUGGCCACCGAAGGAAUUGGACUUCUUGCUCGGCGUGUCGAACACGGACAAGUCCAUCCGCUUAUAUGACGCCAACUCGGGCGCUUUUAUUGAUCGGGAAUGGGGCCACACCGAGGCCAUCAAUGGAUUAUGCCUUAUCGAAGGGGAUGACGGGACAAAGAAAGUUGUUAGCGUUGGGUCUGAUGCAACUAUCAUGAUUUGGGCCCUCGACUUGAACGAUUCUUCACCCAGGUCGUCGAUAAGUAGGGAUCCCUCGCCUGUGAAGGAAGCCACUUCAGCUCGACCAACGCUGCGACGGGUCCUUUCCAAGGCUGAACUAGCCGAGUUCCAGAAGCCAAGCCCAGGAAAUCGGCCUUCGUCGCCACCGAGGACACUGCGACGGCGAAGAUCGCGCAUGAACCUGGCGGUGAACAGCAGCGCAAAGACGCCGACCGGCCCAUUGCAGGCCAGCCCGAGUAGCAGCACGAUCGCCGAGGACACGCCAUCGAAACGUCCUACUGGGGACAGCAGGCAGUACAGCCCUCCGACCAGCCCAAGGGGUAAGACUGUCACGCGUCGGCCUUCUUUGCCCGCACUAGGUCCAGCAGCGCGCAAGACAUCUGGCGGAAAUCUGCGGAGCGCUUUUGGCACCCUCAACAUGGCGACCGAGCAAACCUGCCGCACGCUUCGCGUGUACAGAAAGAAGCUAGAGUCUGCGGAGCCUCUGAGCCCCGAGGUGCUGGCGGAGUUGGACAGAGAGCUACGCUUGACCGCAGCUGCUUUGGGGGAUAGAGCCAUCCGGAGCAAGGCGAUGAAUGAGACGGUCCUCAGCGGGCUCCUUGAUCAGUACUCGGAGAGGCUCGUGACGUUGUUGGACGAGAAGAUGAGGCUUACCUAUCAGCCUCGAGCUCAGGAGAAGGGGAGCGAAAGCCCAGACGAAUGUCGGGCAGAAGGUACACCAGAAGAUUCUGGAUCAUCAUCACCCUGAUAUUUUGUUUUGUUUGAGCGAUUUGACGUUUUAGUCUGGCGUUCGGGGAUGUUCUUUUGGGGAUUAACUUGGGGAAUAAAUGGUCAUCCUGGCAGUCGGGCAACGGAAAGACAAGCGCUGCACAAGCGAUUAGGCAUGAUACCCUGAGGGGGGAGUCAUUGGUAUCGGCGAAAUUGAUACAUUCUUGGCUACGAGCCAAUUCCAAGCCAAUCCCUCAUGUAUACCUACUUGGUGACCUACUGCUCU